CCAAAAGAAGGCUUUGGACGUCAAUUUAUACCAAAUUGGUUGAAGGUGACAAAUUUAAUUUGCACUGCAAUACAAUCACUUCAAAAAGUUUAACCCAAUUAAAUAUGUAAUGAACGUUACGGUUCGACGAUUCACGAGGAAUCUAAAAUCAAGUUAUAAGGAAACAAAAGUUAAGAUAUAAAGUUGAAUCCUAUGUCGUCGACUCAAAAUCGUAUAAAAUCGCUUGUCCUAAUUCUUGUCAUUACAGUUCAUCAAUAGUUCUUACAAAGACAACUUGUCUAGUACUCAACCAGUUGUUAAACCAUGAAGGCCUUCAUCGCUCUGUUCGUUGCCACUUUGGCCGUUGCUGCCCAAGCUGGAUAUGUCCCGUCGGCGUGGCCUGCAGUGUCCACCUACGGCGUGGACUCGUGGAACGGCUGGAACGGCCUGAACUCCUGGAAUGGCCUCAACUCCUGGAGCGGUCUGAACAGCUACCCGUACGGAGUCAACCAGUGGUCCUCGGCGGCGGCGUGGCCAGCGACCUACUCCAACGGCUACACCAACAACUGGUACGGACUCGGUGGAAAGACCAUCGUCCAGGCUAAUGUUGCCAAGGUCAACCCGUGGGGACUUCCGCUGGCUUCGUCGUACGGCUACGGAUACAACAACUACCUGGGAGCUGCGAUUCCGGCGGCCAAGUAUGUCGCUGCCAACCCCGGAUCGGUCCAUGUGGCCCCGCUGGUCGGACAUGCCAUCAACCAGAAGCUGAUUGUUGCUUAAGAAGUUUUGGUUUACUAUGGUGAAAUAAAGCAUUUGAUUUGAAAUUUGAAUCAGCGUUCUUGUUUCAAGUUUUUCCACUGUAAUUGAAAUCACUCCCAAAAUUGCAAAAUGUUGUUUAACUUCAAAAGACGAUGCACA